AUGUCUUCCAGAUCAUGCCCCGUGCAGCUCCGUCCGCUGAAGACGGAGAUGCUCAAGGGCGCGUCUCGGCUCCAUGUUAGCCAAGAGCUCCUCCUCGAGCUCACCCGCAGCGCCGAGAGCGGCAAGCCGUGCACGAUAGAGAGGUCUGGGGAUCCCGCUUCCCGGAGAGAGGCCGUCCUGUUCAAGUCUGCCGAACCGAAUCUCGGCAAGAAGGUCGCACUGAUCCCCAGGCCCUUCCAGGAUGCCUGCGGCUUCACGUACUCGGACCAGCACACCAUCACCUACACGCCCGGCAGCACGCUCCCCGAAGCACAAGAGAUCGUGCUGGAGGAUGCCGGCAGCGACAGUGCCAUCAACGCCCUGACUGAGCAAGCCUGGAUCUACGCGGUCGAGGACCAGUUCUGCAACAUCCAGACCAUCUUCUCCGGCAUGACGCUCAAGGACGUCGGGUCCCGCGGCGCGAAGAAGACCUUUGCUGUCAAGCUUGUCGACGGCAAGACCAACGGCAAUGCACAGUUUGUGCUCGGCACCACGGUCGUGAGAUUUCACAGACCAGGCGCGGAAAAGCUCCCCCGUGGCGACCUGCACCUUGCGCCCAUCGAGGGCAUGGCCGGCCCCGUGCGAGAGCUGAACGACUUCCUCUUGCGGUUCAAGUAUGCGCCGUUCCCGCAGGCCGUCACGACCUGCGGCAUCGUCAUCCACGGCGGCCACGGAGUGGGCAAGACCAUGCUCCUGAACCGCAUCGCCGCAACGGGCUGGGGCACUGUCCUCCCUAUCGCCUUCAGCGACAAGCUCACCUCCAUACAGGAGACCUUCCAGAGAGCUCGGGAACAGCAGCCCAGCAUCGUCACCAUAGACCGCUUCGACAGGCUGGUCGACAAGGACCGGUCGAAUCGCCAGGCCGUCAUCCAGGCCCUGUGCAGCUUCCUGGACAAGCUGUCGGCCGGGCCCGAGAGGAACGAGGCGCUGCCCAAGGUGGCGGUCCUCGUCACCUGCCAGGACUACGCAGCCGACAUCCCCUCCGACCUGCGCGAGCCAGGGCGGCUCACCAACGACGUCUUCUUGCCCCUGCCAGACGUCGACUGCAGGAGGACGAUCGUCAAGUCCUUCGACGUGCCCUUUGAGCCGUCGAUCAAGGCAGACGCCGUCGACUACGUCGCCGAGCGCACCCACGCGUACAACGGCACCGACCUCUCCCGCCUCGUCACACGGGCGAUGGAGAUCAGCAAAGUACGACACUGUCGCGCGGCACCCGCCCCGUCCGCCCCCCCCGCCGACCCAGCAUGGACUGCCGACGAGCAGCAGCAGCAGCACGGCGGCGGCGACACCACCACCCCCGAGCACCACGUCUCGUACGCCGACGUCAACGAGGCCCUGGUGCACAUCCGGCCCAGCGCCAUGCACGACGUCAACCUCAAGCCCCCGCCGAUCCAGUGGUCCGACAUCGGCGGGCAGGACGCCGCCAAGGAGUCGCUGCGCCUGUCGGUCCUGAUGCUCAACGAGCGGCCCGAGGUCCUGCGGCUCUUCGUCUCGCGGCCCCCGCGGGGGAUCCUCCUGUACGGACCCCCCGGCUGCUCCAAGACCAUGGCCGCGCAGGCCAUGGCCACCGAGUCCGGGCUCAACUUCUUCGCCGUCAAGGGCGCCGAGCUGCUCAACCAGUACGUCGGCGAGUCGGAGCGCGCCAUCCGGCGGCUCUUUGCCCGCGCGCGCGCGGCCCCGCCCGCCAUGAUCUUCUUUGACGAGAUCGACUCCAUCUGCGGGCAGCGGCAGGGCAUGGGCGGCGGCGGCGGCGGCGGCAGUAGCAGCACGUCGACGUCGCACGGCAGCCUCAACGUGCUCACCACGAUGCUCAACGAGAUGGACGGCUUCGAGGCCAUGAAGCAGGUCGUCGUGCUGGCCGCCACCAACCGCCCGCAGGUCCUGGACCCGGCGCUGCUGCGCCCGGGCCGCUUCGACCGCCUCAUCUACAUCAGCCCGCCCGACCGCGCCGCGCGCGAGACCAUCUUCCGCAACGAGAUCGUCAGGCAGGGGCGCGGCGCCGAGGGCGCCGAGGGCGGCCAAGGCGGCGUCGACCCGGCGGCGCUGGCGGACCGCACCGAGGGGUUCUCCGGGGCCGAGAUCAGCGGCAUCUGCCGGAGCGCGGGCGCCGAGGCCUACAAGCGGUACAAGCUGCGCGGCGGGGCGCAGGGCAUCACCAUGGACGACCUCGAGCGCGCGAUCCGGGAGAUGCCCAAGAUGAUCACGCAGGCCAUGCUGGACGGGUUCAAGCAGUGGGAGGACAAGUUUGCGCAUUUCUAA